AUGCCACAACGACAGGGCAAACGGCAAGGACUAAGAACAAAUGCAACUGUACGACGCAAUGAAUUCGAACAUAAGGCUCAUCGAGGAGAUUUCCUCAUUGACAAGAACAGUAGAAUUCCUUUUUCUCUAUCAAAGUCAAAACGAUGGGAAUUACUUGAUGAUGAAGAGAAUCAACCGCCUAUUCGGAAAAUGAUACCUAUGGAUAUGCGCUCCAAUCGCAAAAAUAGUCCAUUUUAUCACGUCGGAUUUCCUGGUGGAGACUUUGAAGAUUUCGAUCGAGCACGACACUACCAAACAAUUAAUAGAAAACGAAGUAACGUUCGACUAGAAGAAGAAGAGAAAGUCACUGCAUGGAUUGAUUUAUCGUUUAAAGAUUAUGAAUAUCCUCUACAACGGCAAUUACACAAGAAUCAUGACACACCCUGUAAAGGUUGUCUUCGACAUGGUGGAGUGAUAGUAUUUCGUGGCCGUGGUAAAAAGUCCUUAGGAAAGACAAAGGGCAUGAUGUCUUAUCGACGCAAAGAUUGGGAAGACGAAUUCAAUCUCUAG